AUGCAGGAGGUCAAAACUACAAGAAAAAGGCUGCCCAAGCGUGGGGCGCAUGCACGGGCAUUGGCAGCCGCGGCCGCAGCUGAGAGUAGAGAGCUUGACAUUGACGACGACGAAAUGUCACAUACUGUUCUUCAACGCGGUUCUGCCUGUUUGUCAUGUCGAAAGCGCAAACUUAAAUGCGAUGCCGUCCGCCCUGCAUGUCGCAAAUGUACCACAGCUGGCCGAGCGGACGAGUGCCACUACGAUGACGGCAAGCAGAAGACUCGAACCCAACUACUGCAAGAGAAAGUAAAGGAACUCGAAGAAAAACUAAAAUCGUUAGAGUCGGGAUCCAAUGGGUCCGAUGAGGGAGACUCGAUGCUUUCUCCCGACCAACCUCCCGCCCUUGCCCCAGCUAUCGUAUCCCUUUCCAAUGGCACCAUUUCACCGAAUGGGCAAGCCUCAGAACAGCUUAGCGGAGGCUACGGGCGAGGAUUGUUCGAAGAUCCCCCUGUAAAUGAGCGAACGCAUUACGACGCUCUGCUCAAUCGUGAUACUGGCACUCUUCAGGUCUUCAAUCAACAAGAACAUUCAGGUAACCUCCUUGACGUUGCAAAUGGACAGGCGCCUCCUUGGUUGGGUGAAUUCUCUAAUUUUGAGACAUCUUCUGGCUCGAAAACCGUGGACACUGAUUUCGCUGGUAUUCCUCUGGCUGGCACGAGCGAUGGGGGCCUUGAAAGACAACUAACUGCGUACUUGAAUGGAUCUUCACUGUCCAGUGGUACUAACGUUGGAUUUUCUUCAAUGCCUUCCACCUCAGGACAGCCUGCAGCUCCAAGCCAAUUUAUUGACAUUACCGCCAGUUAUGGCGUCGUUCCGGACCCAGCUCUUAGUUUUACUCUGGAUGCCUUCCCAGACAUUGACGGUGUACCUGCACGAUGGCUGGAUCAAGAUCACCUACCUACCCACAUACGCAAUUAUCUAAUUGAUUUAUUUAUGCCGCAUCGCCACCGCUGCGGGUUUGAAGUGCAUAUAGGCCGUUUCUUGGCAUCUCUUGAUCUACCUAUCAAUAAAAGGCCUCAUCCAUGCCUAAUGAACGCCAUAUAUCUACUAGGAUGCCACUACGCUCCCGGCGGCUCGUUAUCCCAUCUGGAACCCCUGUUUUUGUCCAGGGCUCGAACAGCACUGGCUGAAUCACUCGAGCAUGCUGAUCGAUUAAAAGACUUUUUAUUCGCUUCAGCGCUUUUAGCUUGUUACUUUUAUUUCAAGGGUAGGCUUUUAGAAGGCCAGCAUCAUAACAGUGCAGCUGUUCGGUUUGCUAUGAGCUGUGGGCUACAUCAAAUAAGUUCCCCGGUAUGGAGAGGGAGCGAGUAUGCGACAACGGCGACCGGAAGUGCCCCAUGGCAGGUGACGUCUAUGAGCCUAAGAAGAGCUGGAUCAAUGUUGGAUCCGCCUCGUGAUCCAAUUGAAUUAUAUGAAUUGAUUAACAUUUUUUGGUUGACUUUCAUCACUGAUCGAGCUGGAAGUCUUGGAACAGGAUUACCACACGCAAUCAAGGACGAUGAGAUUACCACAGUUUUUCCACGUCCUCUACAGGAGUUUGAAGAAGGGACCGUUACAAAUGAUACAAAUGCCACGAUUACCAACAUGUACGAAGAUGGAAAUCAUGCACAGGAUGCAAGUAAAGAUUCCCUGCAUUGCCUCCGGGUAAAAAGUCUUGCCCUUCUUGAACGGUCUUCGAGAUUAUCAACUGUACCCGAAGAGGCCGGCGAGCUACAUUGGGAAGAGCGGGACAAGAAGUUUUGGGGAGAGUUUUGGGCGACCGAUCGGGCACUUGAGCGAAUUGCUCAGACCCUCCCUCAUAUCCAUUCAGGGAUGGGCAUUAACGACACUUCAUCAUUAAUCUUCGUACAUACUUUUGUCCAAGGCUCAACUAUCCAGCUUCAUUUGCCUUUUGUGGAAACAGACUCGGGAUCUUAUGACCGGUCGGUCAAAGCUGCUGAUGCGGCUAUGAAUGUGGUCCACAUGAUUGACAACAUCGACGCAAAGAACUUCCACAUGCUCAUGGGUUUAAGUUGGAUCUGCGUUUCUGACAUUCUGAAGCGUGAAAUUCAUCGCAAACGGGGAAUUGCCGAUGAUGAAGGCGCUCGACGCACUGAGCGAGAGCUUGAGGCCCUCUUUGCAGCGAUGAAGCGACUUCGUCAGGUUUACCCAGUGUUAGUAUUCUUCCUUAUCGUCAACAAGCGAUCCCGAAGUGCCCACAAAGACACGAAUCCUCCCAAGCUUCGUAUGCUUGCUUACUCGUUAUUGGCUGGUGCCCUCUACUCGCGCCACCAUAAGGAUUACUUGGUGUCUCCUCCCUCUCUCUACAAUAUUAUGAGCGAUCUACACUCGAGAACACCAAACGUUGGACCUGCCAAGCAACGGCGCACCCGCCGAGCCCAGCCAUAUCCAUCAAGCUCUUCUUCCGCUUUGUAUCACGAAGUACGUGAACCCGGCGCGUCCAAUCUGGAUACACCGACUAUCGAACCAAGCUCGGCACUAAGUUCACCCGCGGCCAAUUCCUCUCGAACUUCUAGUGAUGCUGCUUCGAGCCCCAACGAUGGGUUAUGUGGACCUGCUCCUCCGAAUCCAACCACUAUUCUUCAGAGAGGCUCCGCGUGCUUAACUUGUAGGCGCCGCAAACUAAAAUGUGAUGCUAUCAAGCCCGCGUGCACAUCGUGUGUAAGGUCGGGGAGGUCCCAAACAUGCACUUAUGACGAUGGUCUGCCGAAAUCGCGAGUACAAAUACUUACUAGCAAGGUCCGGGAUUUAGAAGCAAAAAUCAGGAGUAUGGAGGCCACUCGACAGUCACUCUUGGUAGAUACGUCAUCGUUGCAGGUUCCGCCAAUGCUCAUGCCUGGGAAUCCCCCUCCACUGGAUACUGGCAGCAUGAGCUCACUACGUGUUUCUUCACCAAACCAUAACUCUGAUAUUUGGAAACCACUUGAUUCGGGGCAAAAUGAACUCAUAAACCUGGCCGCCUCACUUGCUGUCACGGACUCAACCUCUUUAGAAUCUCAGAGAGGUCAAAUAGUAGACACGUCGAGACGAAUGACACCAUGGUGGGAACUUGAUGAGAUACCGACUGGUAUACAAGAGCACUUGAUUAGCACAUUUCUUGCUCGUAGGUGGGAGGUGAGAGAUGGUGUCCAGAUAUCAGGCAUGGAUAUUGACUCCGUUUUGCCCCCUUUCCUUGGCAGCCCGGCAUUGAGCUUGACGUUCCACGACUGUGGUCGUCUCUUUCUCAAAUCGAGGCACAUCAACCUCACAAGUAAGGAACACCACGGGCAUCUGACCGAAUGUACUGCUGACGGCAGCCAAAGAUGCUUCCUGAAUGCAAUAUACCUCGUGGCAUGCUCUUUUACAGGGGAUAAAUCUUUCGAGGACCUCCAACCAAUAUUUGUCUCUCGAGUUCGUAAAGAGCUGGAGGCUGCACUAGUUGGGGGGGAUCGACUAAUCGACUUUAUACCCAGAUUCGCUAUAGCAUGUGGACUGCAUCGAAUAGAUUCCGAGCGAUGGUGCCCUCAACCAGAACAUGGCUCCAUUGACGCUACUAGAGAUCCGGUUCAGUCGCGGGGUGAAGAUAUGGUACCAGGGAUUAACGGAGAACUACACAUGCUCCCACGACCCCGCGACAAUAUAGAAAGAAACGAAUAUAUCCAUGCGUUUUGGGGGGUUUACAUGCAAGACAUAGGGGGGCUUCCGCGUACUACCACAGCAGCGUUGGUCACCGGUCUACCUAGCUCAGUGGCAGAUUCCGAGAUCACUACACCCUGGCCAGUUCACCUAGACCAAGUUAUUCCAUUGAACCAUCAGCCCGGACAAACAAUUGCCUCGUUCUACUGCGGACUAGCAGGAACCGCUAAUAUGUCGCAGGAUCGACACAGCCAAACGAUUCGUAUCAAAAGCAUGUGUCUUUUAGGCCGGGCAGUACGGCUGUCGAUAGCAUUCGAGUCGGUGAGGUAUCCAGAACUUGGUUUGUGGGCCAAGCAUGAUGCAUGCGAUAAGGCCAUUACUGAGGCUUCUCGAAGUUUUCCCGCUGGAUUGGAGCACAUAGGCCCGGAGGGUUCCUUAAUACUUGCGUCUCGUGCAACCUUGUUGGCUGCUCAGAUUAGACUCCAUGCUUGCCUUGCUGCCACCCGUCCAGAGUCCCGAGAAAAAUGCCUUGCCGCUGCAGCUGAAUCCAUGGCACUCAUUCUCAGGUUGCGGUAUGUCAUGAUCCCGACGGGUGUCCUACUAUUACUAGGGCUUGAUUGGACUGUGGUUAAAUCAUUCUAUGUAGCAGAACAGUCAAGGCUUUUGAAAGAAGGAAACUACCUCGCCGCCGAGGCCAUAGGGAAGAAUGUCGAAGAGAUUGGGUCGGAAUUGGAAAGCGUGCCUGCAAAAUACCCGGGGCUCGAAUUAUAG